UGGAUUUUUUUCAUCAAUCUAUCGUACAAAAAAUUAGGUAAAUUACAUAUGGUGGUUAUAUGUAAUUUUUUUGUGUGUGAUAAAGGAAGUUAGCUAUUAAUUUUUUUGCAACCUUUUAGUGUAGCGGCUCCUGAAAAAAAAAAGUUUAAAUGAAUUGUUGGUUUGAAUUGUUGGUUUGAAUUGUUGGUUAGAUUAGGUAACUAUAUUAAUAAUACGUAUUAUGUAUUGCUUACGAAUGAAAUACGUUUUAUUAAUGUAGUUGACCUAUUCUAACUAACCUUUAAAUUAAUUUUCUCUUUUCCAAAUGACACUAAAAUACAAAAUUACUGUAAUAUAUUACAGUAAAUAGUUAUUAAGAUUUUUAAAAAAGUAUUUCGUACGGUUUUUACAUGCACAAACAAGUAUUCAUAGCCUUGUGCCAAACUUUGUUAAAUUCGUGCUUGAACUCAUUAACUAAAUAAAGGAAUACGGGAACAGCAUUUAGAAAAAUAAAAUUGUAAUGAAUAGGUAUAUAUUACAGAUUAAUAAACUUUUCCACCACCUACUUACUUUUUUAAUCUAUUAGUAGUAUCCGUCCCAACCCAUGUUAUCUCAUGGAAACACUCCCAACCUAAUUCAUUUAUCCGUACUAAGUCACAGGUUAAUGAUGGAAGAACACUUCCCUACUUUAGCCUUAAAAACCUAACCUAGCAUUGAUGUAUCUCAAUAGAACAGUGCUAACAUAGUCUUCAAGAAUGACUCAGGGGAAAAUUGAUAACUAAAGAAUUAUUGUAUUCAAAUUGGUGUAUGAAGUGUAUUGUUAUACAGUGCUCAGAUGACUUGCUUUCCAUUUAGGUGAUCCAGGUUUAAUUACUGGUGGGGUCAAAUUGAAAUUUUUUGAAGUGAUAAAGUGUUGGAAGUUGCUAUAAGCCAGUGGGUUUUCUCAGGGUCUCCCCCCCCCCCCCCCCCCCUCUAAUUCAUUCUAUCAGUGUUCCAGUCUCAUGUUAUUACCUCUUAUCAUCUCCAAUGACCUAGUUUUUAAUGAAAUGUUAUGUUGUUUCUUUAAUCAUUCAUUCACAAUAUCCACUUCUCCAGGUUUAAUCUUGCUUGAUUGUAGGUUAAGUUGAGUAAAGGAAGCUUAAGUGCUAAAGAGUGAGAAAACCAUCACUAUGAUUGAUUAAAAAUGUCAAAAAAUCUUUGCAGUUUAUCUUUUGAAUAGACAACAUGGGAAAUGUUCACCAAGUAAUAUAUGUUGUAUGUCUUGCGACAGAGUGAGUAUAGCUUACCAUGGUGUAGGUUUUUAUAAGGACUGUCGUUGAGCACUAUACUGACACAUUUGGGUUCUCUUUGACUGUGAUUGCUGAGGCAUCACUGUCUUGUGGCAAGGUGGGACUUUGGUGGCCGUGAUUUCUAACGCAUCAUGCUCACGUGGCGAGGGUGGUGGGUUCGAUCACAACAUCUUGGCAUAACUCUUAUUUAUGAGCACUGUGUAAUUUGGCCUACCCAUGCGGUUCAGAGCCCACUUUAAUCUUGGAGGUAUUGUCUACUUAGUGCUUAUUCAUGUGAUGUUGAACCCUAUCAAAUCAAAUCAAAAUCUUGUGGCGAAUUGUGGGUUUGAUGCUGUAGCAUUGCAGAAUGUGGCCCUUCCCAGCUUUUAUGAAUAUCUUUUAGGAAGAAUAAAUAGUUUUUUGUGUCAUGCAGAGGGAGUAUUUGUAUUUUAUUGACUAACAUAAAAAUAAGAAAAACUUUUUUCAAUCUCUAUAACCACAAAACUGAUUUUGAGUUGGAUGCAAAGUGGCAUUUUUUAGCUGCAUCUCAUGGCAAAAAUGCAUCAAAUGGCUUGGGAGGUACUGUAAAGCAGCUUGCUUCCAAAACAAGUCUCCAGCGUCCAUGCGACAACAAUCAGAUAUUGACACCAAUAUACAUUGUUAACUUUUGCAAACAACAUAUUCCAGGGAUUCAUUUUGAAUAUUUUACAAAUCAAGAUCAUAAAGCCAGUGAAAAAAAAUAUAUAUUUUCAAUUUUCAGAGUGCAAAAGCUUUUUUAGGGACAAGAAAGAUCCACUGUAUGGUACCUAAGACACUUGCUGAGGUUGCCACAAAAAACUAUUCAUUAAGUGACAAAGAAUAAAUCCACAUUGUGUGCGACCGUAACUUGUUCCAGUCAUCUGCUGCUUCCACUCUCAUCAGGUUACAUCACUGUUGUGUACAGUGAUGCAUGGUUACAUAAACAAAAGUAUCAUAACUGGCAAAAAUGCUCUCCUCAAAGCGUUGGUCACAUAAAAAUUCAUCACAGUAUGAAGACCUUGAUAACAAUAUGGAGCAGUCCAGCAGUGUUGACAAUUGUAUUCCUCACAUUGGGGAAGAAAUUGAAAUGACUUCAGUUGCGGUUGUGCCGGAUGAUACGUAUACUGUAGCACAAGCAGUAAAUGCAUUUGGAUUUGGGAAGUUCCAAGUCAAGCUUUCUCUUUUCACUGGCUUGUGCUGGAUGGCAGACAGCAUGGAAAUGACAAUUUUAAGUAUAUUGUCCCCUGUGCUGCAUUGUGAGUGGCAUAUAAGUCGAUACCAGCAGGCACUAACCACAACAAUUGUGUUUCUGGGAAUGAUGUUAAGUUCUACUUUCUGGGGGAACUUGAGUGAUCGGUACGGAAGAAAACAGGCCCUGAGACUCUGUGCAAUAUUUCUGUUCUACUACAGCUUACUGAGUUCUUUUGCACCAAAUUUCCUAUGGAUUCUCUUUUUACGUGGUCUUGUAGGAUUUGCUAUUGGUUGUGUACCACAGUCAGUGACACUUUAUGCUGAAUUUUUACCUACUAAACAACGAGCAAGAUGUGUGGUAUUGCUGGAUUGUUUUUGGGCACUGGGCGCAUGUAUCGAGGUACUACUGGCUCUUGUUAUAAUGCCCACACUUGGCUGGAAAUGGCUGCUGGCCUUGUCUACAGUUCCUUUGCUUAUAUUUUCAUUGGUGACCCCGUGGCUUCCUGAAAGUGCACGGUUUCAUGUUGCAACUGGACAGACUGAAAAAGCAUUAGCUACUUUGCAAAAAGUAGCUUCAGACAAUGGGAAACCAAUGCUGCUUGGUCGCCUGGUUGUGGAUGAUGACUACAGCGAUACAAGGCUGAGGGGCCGAAUUAAAGACCUUCUUAGUCCCGAAAGUCGCCGAACUUCACUACUGCUGUGGUUUAUCUGGAUGGUUUGUGCAUUUUGCUACUAUGGUGUCGUACUGAUGGCAGCUGAAUUGUUUGAGUACAACAAAUCUUAUUGCUCUGAGCAAAUCACAUUGGAAUUGAAAUCUCGUGAAACCUGCUGGGCUGAUUGCAAAGAACUGACAACCCAAGAUUACAUGGACUUAUUAUGGACAUCACUGGCUGAAUUUCCAGGAAUUUUCGUUACAAUAUUUGUGAUUGAGAAGUGUGGCCGGAAAAACACGAUGGCUUUGCAAUUUUUUUUGUUUACUACAUGCGUGUGCUUCCUCUUCAUAUGCACCUCUAGUCGAAUCUUUCUGACAACAAUGUUGUUCAUAACAAGGGGCAUUGCAGCUGGAGUGUUUCAGGCUGCCUACGUCUAUACACCGGAGGUUUAUCCUACUCAGCUUCGCUCUGUGGGAGUUGGAACCUGUAGUGCAAUGGCACGCUUAGGAGCCAUGGUCACUCCUUAUGUGGCCCAGGUUCUAAUGCAGUCAUCUUUGGUGCUUGCGAUGUCUGUGUAUGGCAUCACUGCUCUGUUGGCUGGAAUAGCUUGUCUCUUGCUGCCUAUUGAAACGAAAGGAAAGGACAUGAAGGAAUAUUCACAGCAAUAACAAAAAUUAUAAAAAUCAUGUUUGUAUAAAUGUGCUAACUUGCGUGGUGUUUUUAUAUUUGGUAUUUAUCUUUUGUACUUAUUAAUUAUUUAAUAAAAUAUUUAUUAUGUUGAGG